AUGGGUUCCAAAGCAUCGACACAAGGCGAGAAGACGGGAGAAGCCGAGAAGACCGAACUCGAACCAUCACCGAUUCCUCGCCUCGAUAAUGCAAUCGUUGUCAGUCAAAUCUCGAAAGAUAAUGACAUUCGCUUCGGAAACGGUCGUUUCACAUACUUGAAUCCAAUCGGAAAAGGAGGAUUUGGGAUCGUAACAAUGGUUGUGGACACUGAUACAUCUUAUCCGUAUGCUAUGAAAAUGGAGAGAUGUGCUGCUUCGUACAAAAACGAAGUGGAAGCCUAUGAAAAAUUGAUGGGUGUCCAAGGAGUUGCAAAGUUUUACUCGACUUUCCGUGAGCAAGGAUUCACAUUCCUUCAGCUGGAGCUGGUUGGAAUCAGUUUGCUCCAAUUUGUGAGAGCGAAAGGAAGAAAGCUUCGAAGAACGGAAGCUUUCAAGCUGGCUCCGCAGAUGAUUGAUAUUUUGGAGCAGAUCCAUGAGAGAGGGCUGAUCCUCGACUUUGGAUUCACCAGCACCUAUUUGGACUCUGACGUGGAACAUCUCGAAGCAACUACUCGAGCCCCACGUGGUACUGUGCUCUACAUGAGUGCAAAUCAACACCUCUCCAUUUACAAUUCCCGCCGCGACGAUCUCGAAUCACUGAUCUAUACUCUUAUGGACAUUUGCAAGGUUUCUCUGCCAUGGAGAAACCUUCAAGCGCCAACAAAUAGAUGCGGACAUCAUGCAUACUUUGAUAUGAAGCAAGGUGGAAUGGACGGAUCGAAAAUUUGCGAUGUUCCGGAAUUCAAGAAGGCACUCAUAAUGUGUAGAGCUCUCGAGUAUGAUGAGAAACCAAACUAUGAAAAAUUUAAACGGGUGUUCAAGUUGAACAGUGCACGUGCAGCCACUGUGAGCGUUAAACCAGACUUGCCUAAUCGAGUGUACCGCUGCAAUCUCAUAAGAGAGGAGGAGGAAAUUUUGCUCAAGUUUGACGUCAACAAAGAAGUCACUGAGACAUCUGAAAUCGCGGAAUUGAUCGAGAUGAACAACUCUCCUGAUGCUGACGAUUAG